AUGUGGAUCCCGCGUCACGUGUCCGAACUGGACCAUUGUCGUCAUCUAUUGACAAAAUUUCAACCGGAACUUCAGACCGAUCAUCCGGGGUUUAAUGAUAUGGAGUACCGUAAAAGAAGACACGAGAUAGCACAGUUGGCAUUCGAUCACAUAUAGAAAGCCGUCUACUCAAAAAUGAUCACUAUGCACGACAAGUGGGCUUGUGCUGAAUAUAAGCGCGGACUUCAACUGCUGGAGAAAUUUUGUGGUUUUAGUCCGAAUAAUAUUCCACAGUUGAGUAUAGUAUCCGAUUACUUGGAAAGAGCGUCCGGAUUUCGCCUCCGCCCGGUAGCUGGACUUGUGGCUCCGCGUGAUUUUCUGGCUCAUUUUGCUUUUCGUGUGUUCCCGUGCACACAGUACAUCCGACAUCAUAAUCGGCCGUUCCAUACUCCCGAGCCGGAUUGUAUUCAUGAGUUGUUAGGUCAUAUGCCUCUGCUAACGGACCGCAAAUUUGCCGACUUUUGUCAUCAACUUGGUCUUGCCUCGUUGGGUGCAUCAGACGAAGAGAUCAANUCAAACGAAUAG